AUGAAAAUAACAUUAUUUGAUUCAUCUAAAUGGACUCAAAUUAGUAAUAUCGCAAAUAUCAGUAUCGAUAAUUUACCAUUUUUAGGUGGUAGUGCAAAUGAUAAAGUUUUCUUUGCAACAGAAGCUUCUUAUGGAACUUCUGCUUGUGUAUUUAUUGAUUCGUAUGAUACUACGUUAAAUAAACGGGAAACAAAUAUAAGUUUCACUGGAAAACCCAGUAAAUAUUUUAUAUUUUCCGUCUGGACUUCUAAUGGAAGUACAGGAAAAUCUUAUUCAAUUCAAGAUAUUUCCCGAUGUUGUAGAUAUUUUUGA